AGUGAAUGCAGGGUCCGGGGAGACCGGAUAUAGUGAAUGCAGGGGUCCGGGAGAGAGACAGAUAUAGUGAAUGCAGGGUCCCGGAGAUGGGGGGGAUAUAGUGGGAAUAGCGAUGGUGUCCGGGGAGACCGAUAUAGUGAAUGGCCCGGAGGGAGAGCGGAUAUAGUGAAUGCAGGGGGGAUUUACCGGGGAGAGGGAUAGUAUUGAUUGGAUGGAGAUAUAGUGAAAGUGCAGGAGAGCAGAUAUAGUGAAUGCAGGGGGUCCGGGGAGACCGGAUAUAGUGAAUGCAGGGUCCGGGGAGAUAUAGUGAAUGCAGGGUCCGGUGAGACCGGUAUAGUGAAUGCAGGGUCCGGGUGAGAGUGGAUAUAGUGAAUGCGGGUCCGGG